UGAUUCGUCUUGGACCUGGAGCUCUCUACUGACGGAGUUCGGAAUCAUCAGCCCGAUAAUGCCAGAAGCAGAGGAUGCAUUUCCGAGCGAAGGAGCGGACACUUCGCACAUCUACCCGGAUUUGGACGUGAAUCAGGAGUCAGGUUUGGAACGGUCUGGUACUCCAGUAGGUGUCCCCAGUACAGUGAUAGAGCCACCCAAUGUGUACAAGAGCAGAUGGAGGUCUAUAAGAGUGAUGUACCUGACCAUGUUCUUGAGCAGUGUCAGUUUUUCCAUAUGUAUGUCUUCAAUAUGGCCAUAUCUGCGCAUGCUGGACCGCAGUGCCACCACAGCAUUCCUGGGCUGGGUAGUGGCUGCUUAUAGUUUGGGUCAGCUGGCAGCGUCGCCAGUCUUUGGGGCUUGGGCCACAUGUAGACGCAGAAGUCGCGAACCUCUGGUGGUCUCCAUUGUCAUUAACAUCCUGGCCAAUCUGAUGUAUGCUUACAUAGUGGACAUCCCUGGAGCAGCCUAUAGAAAAUACUAUCUCAUUGUGGCUAGGGCAUUGAUUGGCUUUGGGGCAGGUAAUGUUGCCGUGGUGAGAUCCUAUACCUCUGGUGCUACCACCAUCAAAGAGAGAACAGGUGCUAUGGCCAGUAUGAGUGCCUGCCAGGCCACAGGAUUCAUUCUAGGACCAGGUAGGUUAACAGGUGCUAUGACCAGUAUGAGUGCCUGCCAGGCCACAGGAUUCAUUCUAGGACCAGGUAUACAGGCUAUGUUGGUACCUUUGGGUUACCCCAUAAAAACUAGCAGUGAUCUGUACAAGUAUUUGCCUCUGAACCUGUACACGGCGCCAGUGUUUCUCAGUGCGGUGCUAGGCCUGGUCAAUGUGGUGUUACUGGUGGUGGUGUUUAGAGAACACACCGUAGUGGACGAUAGUGACCUGGACUUCUCUAGGGGAGGCUCUGUUAACGCUGACCUUAACGAGUAUGAUGCACAUCUUCAGGAUACGACACCACUGGGCAUUGAAGUGAAGCCUGACAGAAUUGCUGUUCUUGUUCUUUUAUUCAUCUUCUUCAUUGUGCUAUUUGUCUUUUCCAUAUUUGAAACUAUAGCUACCCCGCUGACUAUGGAUGAGUAUGCCUGGACAGAGGAGCAGGCCUCGCUGUAUGUGGGUAUUACACUGGCUGUGGCUGGCAUCAUAGCUAUUGUGGUCUUUAUUCUCAUCAAGAUUUUAUCAAGGAAACUGAAUGAGAGGUUCAUUUUGAUUGGAGGAUUCAUAUUUGUGCUGGCUGGUUUUAUCGUCUACCUGCCGUGGGGUCCCGCCAGACCAGAUGUGGAGAUUGCCAAACUAACCAACAGUUCAUCAGCAUCAGUCACUGAUAUGUCAGGUAUGAUAAUGGAGGAGGUAGAGGUCCUGGGUAGGAAUGUUACUGCAGCAGUCACCACCAUCAAGACAACAGUCACAGCUCACACUACAGAUCUAAAGCCAGCAGGAUGUCCCUACUACUUCUCAUGGUGUCUGACAACACCCAAAAUAUUCAUAGAACAGUAUUUCUCAGGCACUUUCCUCAUUGCAGUGGGAUAUCCCACCACCAAUGUGAUGACUUAUACACUGUUUUCAAAAAUACUGGGCCCAAAACCACAGGGUCUUAUGAUGGGAUGUUUGACAGGAUCAGGCAGUUUGGGGCGUGUUCUUGGUCCUCUCUUUGUCAGUAAUUUAUACUUUCUCCUGGGACCACGCUACUCAUUUGUAGGUGUCUGUGGCAUUGUUUUCGUAGCUGUGGUUACGACUUGCGCAUGCUUCCACAGACUGGUCCCUUUUGGGGAAUCGAAAAAGAAAGAGAAGAAACUGAAAGUAGAGUCUGAUGGUUUUGUGGGAAACUACACCUCAGUUUCCUCUGUGAUGUUUCAAGAUUUGUCAGUUUCUAAUGAAUUAGAAAGUGAAGAUUCUGAGUCUGUCAUGAACUCUUUAAUGAAUAGUUUACGCACUGCUUUUGAAAACUCAGAGGGAUAUGUUCAGUAAGACUGAAAAAAGUGAAUUUUAGUUAAAACAAGGAGUGAGUAAAAGACAUUUCACAAUGCAUAUGGCAAUAUUGGAAUAUGUUUUCAUUCCUUUAAAUGUGAAUUUGUUUGCCAUUGAGUCUGUUAAACCCUAACUUAAUCUGUUGUUUCAAAUUGUUGUAUGUUAUGAUGUGUGGUGAUUUGUCAUGAUUUGAAUCUAGUCAUUAUCCUAACAUAAAUGUAUGAAUCGGGGAUAGUUUUGAUUUUUUUUUUUUAAUAUUAUUAUUUGCCUUUAUACAAAUUAAUGAAUCAUGUAUGUUUUGUUUGUAAAGUUUUAUUAUGUGUCAGCUAGGGAUCUGAUAAUUUAAAUCACUUGUAAGAACUUUCUGUGUUGUUGCUUAAUAAAUCUACAUGUACUACAUACAGUAGCAGUAGGUUAACUACAUAUAUUGUAAGAACUUUCUGUGUUGUUGCUUAAUAAAUCUACAUGUACUACAUACAGUAGCAGUAGGUUAACAAUAUGACUCUAUCAUUUUUCAGCUUAUCAACAUUGGGAUGCAUGGCCUUUACAAAAAGGAAAAUAAUAAAAAUAAUAAUAAUAAUGGUUGCAGUAAACCAUGCAUGUACAUAACUUGUAUAAUGUAAAGGAGAGGAUAUAAAAUCAGUAAUAAUAUUGUAGGAUAAACAUGCCAUGGCCAGCAUGCCAUUUAAUAUGAUUUGGUUAACUUUGGUUUUGGUGAACUAAACUCUUUCUGGAGCUUGGUGUCUUAUGAAAACCUGGUACUAAAGGUAAGUCUGUCUUCUCAUCAGAAGGCAGACUUUGAGUAAUCAGUUAAGGAAAUGUCAUACAUGUUCUGGUUUAAAAGACCAUGUCCUAAUACUGUGUGUGGUGAUACACAUCAGCUGCUUUAAACU